CCUCCUAGUACCGUCCUAGCCUCCCCUCCCCAACUUCCGAGGUCCAAUUCCCUUUCCUCCACCUCCUCCUCCUACUAAUUUUCCACUUCGCUUUCCGUCUCAUUGUCUCUUUCAAUUCUCACUCACUGCGCACCUUGUCGCUCGAUAGACUCUCGUUUCGUCACAACCGAAACAGAGUCCCUGGUGGACCCGUCAUCAUGGUUCGCGAGGAGCUUAUCUCGUCUGCUAUCACCUUUCUCCAAGAUCCGUCUGUCGCCUCUUCGCCGAUCGAAAAGCGAGUCGCAUUCCUGCAGUCAAAGAACCUAACGAAAGAAGAGAUCGAUGUCGCUCUUUCGCGAGUCGGUGAAGAUCCGGCCGCGGCGGCCGCGGCGACAUCAUCUUCGAAUUAUCAGCCUUCUUCUCAACAAGCAGUCUAUCGACCACCUCCACCUCCACCACCCGCUCCGGUAUAUGGCUACCCACCGUAUGGUCAAUGGCAGCCCCCGCCAGAACCUCCAAAGCGGGACUGGCGGGAUUGGUUUAUUAUGGCUACUGUUGUGGGUGGUGUCGGAUAUGGGCUGUACACUAUCACGAAGCGAUAUAUCACACCCUUGAUCGCACCCCCUACCCCACCACAGCUAGAACAAGAUAAGCAGGAUAUUGAUGAGCAGUUCUCCCGUGCAUUUACGCUUAUCGAUCAACUCUCCACCGACACAGCCGCCCUGAAGUCUGCAGAAGAAGAGCGAUCCGAGCGACUCGACGCUGCUCUCAGAGAGGUCGAGACUCUUGUCUCCGAUAUGAAGAACGCAUCCCGUCGGAGAGACGACGAGACCCGCCGCAUUAGCGACGAAGUUAAAUCGUUGAAAGACGCCAUCCCUAAGGCUAUGGAGAGUGCUCGGGAAGGCAACGAGAAUCGUUUGAAGGAGCUGAGCACCGAAUUGAAGAGCUUGAAAGUUCUUCUGGGAAAUCGACUUGGUGGCGGUGGUAGCGGCGCCAGCUCGUCCAUCGCUGGACGGGCUGUGGGCGGCAUCCCUCUUCCGACUGCUUCACGGCCAGCCGAGGAGUCGGCCUCUGCCUCUAACGCAACAAAUGGAUCGACUGCGGGAUCGAUUGAACAGCCAUCGCAAUCCGCUCAGCCGAGCCCGAGUGCCAGUACUGCAUCCUUGGGCAACAACCCUCUUUCGCAGUUCGGUCGGUCUGCCUCUAUUCCCGCUUGGCAGAUGGCGGCUGCCAACCGAUCCAAAACAGCCUCGCCGGCGCCAUCGAAUGCCGCCGACAACUCCGCCGCCACUACCACGGCCAUCUCCCGACCUCGCUCCCGCACCCGAUCGCGCACUCGCUCCCCGGACACAACAGACCGAACAGACCGACACCGAAGCAGACGCCAUCACCAUCAUCGCCAUCGUCACGAUGACCAACACGACGACCACCACCGUCGCCAUACAGACACCCACCGCGACCGACACAACCAAGACGAAGACCGAGACCGAGACCGUCACCGCCGGCACCGUCAGCACCAUCAUUCCUCUUCCCACCGCACCCCAGACACAGCGCAAGCAACCCGAGCGCCCCGAGUCCUCCCUUAUGGAUCGCGCGAACUCACCAAACACGACCUAACCACCUUCACCCCGCUCUUCGCCAUGUACCUCGACAUCCAGAAAGGUCUUUAUCUUGAGGACCUCCCGGAAGACGAAGUCAAGGGUCGCUGGAAGAGUUUCAUUCGCAAAUGGAACCACGGCGAACUAGCAGAGGGAUGGUACGAUCCCGCAAUGCUGGAGCGGGCCCGGUCAAAUCUCGACGACGCUCCUCGUCCCCCUCCUGCAGGCAAAGGACCGCAAUCCUCCACCCCCACCGCCCACAACCAACAAACUGAGCGUCAUCAUUCCGAACGAAAUCGCCAGAGCACCGACGACAACAACGAAGACAAUGAAGAAGACGAUUACGGCCCCACCCUCCCCCAAUCCGACAAAUCACUGUCCGGGCCCACGAUCCCCACGAUACAGGACCUGGAACUGAGGAAAGAACAAGCCCGCGAAGACGCCCUCGCCGCGCGCCAGGACUCGCAAUCCCACUAUCGAAGCGAGGUGCGCUCGCACCGCGCGGAGCUGCGGCAUAUGCAGGAGGAGGUGGCGCCGCGGGCGGAGCCGGGGACGCACGAGCGGCGCAUGGAGAAGCGGCAGGAGGCGGCGCAGGCGAACCGGGCGUUCGCGGAGGCGCGCCGCGGCGGGUCGCCGGGGGCCGCGGCGGUGCCGGAUGAGGACCUGAUGGGGUCCGGGGAGAACGAGCUGGAGGCGAUCAAGAAGUCGCGGGAGCGCGAGCAGCGCAAGAAGAAUGAGCGGGAGCUGCGGCGCGAGGAGAUCAUGCGCGCCCGCGCGGCCGAGAGGGAGGAGCGGCUGCAGAAGUAUCGCGCGAAAGAGGAGGAGACGAUCGGGUGGUUGAAGACGUUGGCGAAGCAGCGGUUUGGGUGAUGAUUCCUUUCUCCCCCCGCAUACGCGCCUUGGAUGGGAUCCAAAGGAACUGUGAAUGAAGGUCCCUCACGGUUCGAUUCGGAGAUCCACAUACAGAUUCGCUAGAAAUGACAAGAACACUAUACUGAUACAUCCGAUUGUGCUAUCUAGAGUAUAUGUAUGUAUGUACUAGCCCCAGAAAAGCAAAACUCCUU